AUGGGUGUUCCAAAGUUCUUCAGAUGGAUGUCUGAGCGCUAUCCUACGAUAUCCCAGCUUAUUGCUGAGAAUCGUAUUCCUGAGUUUGACUGUCUUUACUUGGAUAUGAACGGCAUUAUCCACAACUGUACUCACAGUGACUCCGAUAGUCCGACAUUCCGUAUGACAGAGGAGAAGAUGUUCAUCGCUAUCUUCAAUUAUAUCGAGCAUUUGUUCGGAAAAAUUAAGCCCAAGAAGGUAUUCUUCAUGGCCAUUGAUGGGGUUGCCCCUCGUGCAAAGAUGAAUCAGCAACGCGCCCGACGGUUCAGAACAGCUCUAGACGCAGAAAAUGCGAGGCUUAAGGCAAUUAAAGAAGGAAUAGAGAUGCCCAAGGAAGCUGCCUUUGAUAGCAACUGCAUUACUCCAGGUACCGAGUUUAUGGCCCGGCUGACUACACAACUUAAAUAUUUUAUUAGCAAAAAGGUAUCGGAAGAUAUCGACUGGCAAUGUGUGGAUGUAAUCCUCUCUGGUCAUGAGGUUCCCGGAGAAGGAGAACAUAAGAUUAUGGAGUACAUCCGCCUGGCAAAGGCGCAACCUGACUAUAAUCCAAACGUUCGUCAUUGUUUGUACGGGCUCGAUGCGGAUCUCAUCAUGUUGGGGCUCUUGUCCCAUGAUCCUCAUUUCUGUCUUCUCAGAGAAGAAGUAACCUUCGGCAAGGCCAAGGCAAAGUCGAAGGAACUCGAGCAUCAGAAUUUCUUCCUAAUGCAUCUCAGCGUUGUUCGCGAAUAUCUAGAACACGAAUUCCAGGAGUUAAAAGAACCAGGCGUUUUGAGUUUCCCGUUUGAUAUGGAGCGGGUCAUAGAUGAUUUCAUUCUACUAGCAUUUUUCGUUGGCAACGAUUUUUUGCCCAACUUACCUAAUCUACACAUCAACGAAGGCGCACUAGCCCUUCAAUUCAAGGUUUACAAAGAAAUCUUAAAAAAGAGCACUGGAUACAUCAACGAGCACGGCGUCAUUAAUUUGGAGCGGUUGUCGCUGCUGUUGCAGGAGCUUUCGGUGUACGAGAAGGAUUUUUUUGAAGCGGAGGUUUCUGAUGCGAACUGGCUAAAGGGUAAACAAAGAGGUCACCUGGAAGCACUUGAACAGUCCAAGAAACAGAAAAAAGGCAAGCUUGUUAUUACGACUGAGCAAAAGGAUAUGUAUAAAAAGAUCAAGAAAUGGCUCGAAAAUAAGCGGAAGGGGAAGGGCACGAAGCUGUUUAAUGUCCCUGCAAGCUAUUCUGCAGCUGAUAGGAGGUUUGUGGAGGAACUUGCUGCAUCAUUAAGGUUGAAGUGUGAAAGAGUCGAAAACGAGCAGCAGGAAUUACACCUGCAGUUAAGCCACUACCCCAACGAGGAAGAAGGAUCUGAUGACGAAGAGGAGGAAGGUCAAAUUGCUCUUUUAAGAGUGUUUAAGACAUAUGACAAGGCAUCGGUAGUAGAUGUAUCGUCAGAUGACGCGAAGGAAGUGAUGCAAAAGAAAUAUGACGCUUUGUUUUAUAAGUGGAAGGAUGAUUAUUACAAGGAAAAACUUGGCUUUGGUCUUGAAGAUAAAAAAGAGAUGAGAGAUUUGACAGAGAAUUACAUCGAAGGUCUGCAAUGGGUGCUCUACUACUAUUACAGAGGUGUAGCAUCUUGGCCAUGGUUCUACCGCUAUCACUAUUCUCCAAAGAUUUCCGAUAUUCAUAGAGGACUUGGCGCAAACCUGAAUUUUACGCUCGGAAAACCGUUCAAACCCUAUGAACAAUUGAUGGGGGUUCUUCCCGAUAGAUCAAAAUCGAUUGUACCAGAGGCAUAUCAUUCAUUGAUGACCGAUGAGAAAUCGCCCAUCAUCGAUUUCUACCCUCGUGAUUUUGAGCUCGAUAUGAACGGCAAAAAAAUGGAAUGGGAGGCUGUCGUCAAGAUCCCUUUCAUUGACGAAACCCGUCUCAUUCCCGCUAUGCGAAGUGUAGAGCAUAGACUAACCGAACGCGAGAAGGAGCGUAACAGCUUCGGUAUCACACUGAAGUUCUCCUAUUCUCCAAGCGUUGAUGAGUUGUACCCAAGUAGCAUGCCCGGAAUAUUUCCAGAUAUCCCGCAUUGUCGCUGCGUGCUCAAUGUGUUUGAGCUACCUACGCUCGAUGGUUUGGAUAUUAUUGUGGGAUUAUGCGAGGGCGCCGGCGUCGGACUGGAAUCACUUGCUGGGUUCCCAAGUUUGAAGGUUUUAAAACAUACGGCGAGUUUGGAGUUUCACGGAGUCAAUGUUUUCCAACAAGAUAGCAGGAAUGAGAGUAUGGUUUUAAGGUUGGAGAACGCGUAUGAGGGUGGGAAGUUGGAGGCUGCGAAGAAAAAGCUGGGCAAGAAAGUGUUUGUUGGAUAUCCAUUUUUGCAGGAGGCCAAGGUCACUGCAAUUUCAGAUGAGUUGUUCAAGUACCAACUCUCGGAUGGCCAAAUCAUGCCUAUUCCUCAUGGCCCGUAUGAAAUCGAGGCAUGGAAGAAAAAGGCGGAGAGAAUGGAGAACGCCUAUAGCAAGCGAAUGGGUAUUGUCAUUGGCCCAGUUGAAGUAGUUGUUCAUACGAGCAUCCUCAAGGGGUUGAAGAGAACCGAGGAUGGUGCUAUGGUCAAGGAGUAUGCAGUGAUCCCCGGGAUCGAGACAGAUUACGCUGCGCAGGCGGUUGUGGACGAGGUUGUGAAUGAAGAUACAAGGUUCAUAGAAAAAGAACCCCUUCCGAUUACUGAAGAGUUCCCGGAGGGUUCAAGGGCCUUCUUCUUGGGAGAAUUCAAUUUUGGAAGGCCGUUAGAGGUUUUUAGACAUCAUCCAGAGAACAAAGUUGACAUCUGGAUUUAUAUUAUGAAAGGGAAAGAGCCCGAUUUCGGCCAACAAAUCGCGCUCAAGGCGGAACAAACAACUCGCUACCUUCCUUCAUACACCGUUGCCCGCCAGCUUGGUCUCAACCCCCUUGUUCUGAGUAAAAUCACGUCAUCGUUCUCUGUUACAGUCGAUGAUCAACGCUGCAACCUUGGCCUCAACCUCAAAUUUGAAGCCAAAAAGCUUAAAGUACUUGGAUACUCCCGCCGCGGAGAUUCAGGAUGGGAAUUCUCGGAGAAGGCCAUUGACCUUCUCCGAGAAUAUAUGGCGAAAUUUCCAGCUUUCUUCAAAGGAGUGAUGAGAAAUCCCCAUGGGGAUAUAUACACUGAUACCGACUUCUUUGACCCCUCUGAGAGCAAGGCAAGAGUCAAGGAGAUUAUUGAUUGGUUGAAAACUAUCCAAACAAGAUCUUUUGAGAAGGUUCCACUAGAAGCGCAACAGCUAGAGCCGGAGGUUGUUAAGGAGAUUGAACAAGCAGCUGAUGCAUACCUCGCCGCCAACCAGGAAGGUGAUUUCAAACGCAUUUAUAAUGUUCCCAGAAGGGCUCUUCUUAAGCCUAGCGAUGCAGAACACAUGCUUCAAAACCAAUGGUUCGCCAUUGGCGACCGCGUAGUCUAUGUUCAAGACUCUGGAAAGGUCCCGAUUGCAACUCGUGGUACCGUUGUUGGAUUGACACGCACUUCCAGAGCCAUGCUACUUGAUGUUGUUUUUGAUGCUACUUUUAUGUCCGGCACCACUCUGAGUGAACGGUGCUCCCCCUUCCGCGGGAUGACAGUACCCACUUCAUCCGUGCUGAACUUAACAAACCGUCAACUUAUCGCCUUUUCAAAAGCCAGCGCUGAAAAGAACCCCACUCCUGUACCCGAGCCUAUCUCUGCACUGGCAUCCAACUCCAAUGGCCGUAUUCUCCCCACAGAAGGUCUCAAACCGGCACAGGCUCCAGGACAAUUGAUGGGCUCCUUCAGUAGUGCUGUUCAAGGAGGUGGAAACAGCCGCGGAGGCCGCGGGGGGCGUGGAAACCGUAGUGGUAACCACACCCCCGAUGGAGUCAGUGGUAGAGGCGGCCACGGAGGAUCUCCGAGGGGGCCAACAAACAUGACUAUGCGGGGCGGUCCCCCGGUUAUCAUGCAAAGGCCGCAACAACAUAAUCAGCCUCAGCCAAAUGGGUCUAAUGGACAACCAGGCUUCCAACAUCGUGGUCAGCAAGGCGGAAAAGAUGAGCAGGACGGGCAACCUCAGGCUGGUAGAGGAACCUAUAAUAAUGUUCCACCACCGGCCGCAUUGAACGCCCGCGGAGGGGGAGGAGGAGGAGGGCCCAGAGGAAGGGGGAGAGGAGGGAGGGGCAGAGGAAGAGGUGAUAGAGGCGAUAGAGGAAAUGCGGGGAACAGGAGUACAAUGCCAGUUCCAGUUGGAGAACCGCAGUAG